AUGACUCAGUGGUUGCACGCAUUGAAUUUGGAUGGGAACGUUGCCCCUUCCAACAUGGCCGCCGCUAAGCACAUAGUCACACGACACGCUAAACUUGUUUUUGCUCAGCGUCACGGUGGGCAAGCAGUACAAAAGGGGCGUAUGCAGUGCUUGGCCUCCCAACCCUCUCCGGUUUGGUUGUCUCCAAAUAAACAACAAUAUUUUUGUGGUCGAUGUAUAACCUGUUGCAACAUGGCUGAACAUUUCCAUGUAAAUACUCCCUUACUUGAAAGUGCUGCAAUGUCCAAACGUGUGGGAAUCACUGUGUAUCUGAAAAUGGAGAAUUCGCAGCCCUCUGGUUCUUUCAAGAUCCGCGGCAUUGGAUACCUGUGCCAACAGCUUGCAUCACAGGCCAAAGGAUUUGUCUGUUCCUCUGGAGGAAAUGCUGGAAUGGCGGCUGCAUAUGUAACACGAAAAAUGGGUGCACCAGCCACCAUUAUUGUUCCCUCAUCAACGCCGCAUUUAUUUGUCCAAAGACUCAAGGAUCAAUGUGCUACUGUCAAGAUAAUAGGCAAAGUAUGGGAUGACGCAAACGCUGAGGCUCUUAGACUUGUCAAAACAGAGGGUCUUGCCUAUGUACCUCCAUUUGAUCAUCCCCUGAUAUGGAAGGGACACUCGAGCGUGAUCUUAGAAGUUGCAGCCAGUUUGGGCCCAAAUGUCAAGCCUGGAGCAGUGCUGACAUCAGUGGGUGGAGGGGGGCUCCUCUGUGGGCUCGUCGAGGGCCUGAAGGAUGCAGGCUGGAUGGAUGUGCCCAUCAUCGCCAUGGAAACAGUUGGGGCAGACUGUUUGAAUGCUUCAGUUAAGGCAGGAAGGAUAGUUACCUUGGAUGACAUCACCAGUGAAGCGAAAUGUCUCGGGGCAAAGACCGUUUGUACAAAAGCAUUUGAAUACUGUCAAAGCAAUGAGAUCAAAAUAAUAUCUGAAGUUGUGACUGACCAGCAGGCUCUUCAUGCUGUGGAGACAUUCCUUGAUGAGGAGCGAGUACUGGUGGAAAUGGCAUGUGGAGCAACACUUGCAGCCAUCUACAGUGGAGUUGUGCAACGAUUACAGGAGGAAGGUCGUCUACCGCCUCUCAUGGGUCCCCUGCUGGUUAUCGUGUGCGGAGGCAGCAAUAUCGACACGGAGCAGCUAUCAAUUUUGAAACAAAGGCUGCAGACCAAGUAAAUGUUUUGCACAGGAAUCAGGAAAUAAUAUGAAACUGUCAUUUCUAUGUAGAAAUGAAUACGGUUUUAAACUUGUUUUGAUUACCUGAAUUAUAAAGGUUUAAAAAGCUAAACAAAUGAAAUUUGUAUAGAAUUUUUUUUUUUUAAAUAAGGAACAUUCCAAUGUAUGUUUUUGUUUUAAAAAUUAAUUGCCAUUUUUGCCCACAUGGUGGAGUAACAGUUCAAUCAAAUACAAGUCAUUAUUGCAGGUAAAAGAUGAAUGUGUAGCAGUCCAAUCAAAUACAAGUCAUUAUUGCAGGUAAAAGAUUAAUGACACCUCACAGCUAGUCUUUUCUAUUAGCGAUUAAAGGACAUUACCAAACACUU